CGGAAGGCAGGCCGCACCUCCGCCAGCGCCUUCGUAGAGGAGCUGGUGGACUCGCUGCCCGCGUUCCGGGAUGCCGUACUGUACGACGGCCGCACACUCACCUUGCACCGUAAGGCCCAGAACCUGGCGGCAGAUCUGGCCACCCUGUACGGCAGUCGGGACGAGCGCUUCGCCUUCCCUGACGUGGACCAACUGGCAGCGGACUCGGGCCCCACCACCAUAGCGGUGUUGCGCGCCAAGGGCGUGCUGCGGCUGUCGGGCGAGCUGGCAGCGGCGGUGGACGGAGGCGAGGAGCUGCCGGCGGGGCCGCAUGAGCGGGCGCUGCGGGCGGCGGCGGUGACCGCAUGCGACAGGAUCGUGGCCGCGGCCAGGAAGGCGGAGAGCCAGGCGGAG